AUGAAUCCAGCUAUGUGUGCAGCACCUCCUGGAUACUAUGGUGGACCAUACAUGCCAUCACUGAACCCAGGCCAAUGUGGGUAUCCUUAUCCCUGUACACCAGUCCCUGGGAACUACCCUGUGCCAUUUCCUGGAUAUGAUGGACCAUUCCCACAACCAUUUCUUGGACCACCAAAGCCAUAUCCCAGCAUACCAUAUGCAUAUGGCCCGUAUCCCGGAAUGUUCCCACCUGGAUACAUGGUACCUCAGAUGACUUAUCCACAGCCAUGCAUGUAUGGAGGGCCACUAACGCCACCACCAUUGACCCAUUUACAAAAUGAGGGAGCUGUACAAAGUCCUGUUAUGUCCCCAAAUGAAAUUCCAGACAACAACCAGGACCAGGUACUGUCUGCACCAUUUAGAUCUGGAGAUGCCAGCAGCUGUUCAUCUGUCUUGCCUGCAGCAGUAAACCAUCAGCAGCAGAUGCCAACACUUACUGCAGCAGUAUACCAGCAGCAGCAGCAGCAGCAGCAGAUGCCAACAGUUACCUGUGAAAGUCCACCAGGUUUUCCACUAAUACAGAGUGGUGAUAUAUCACCUGCUAGUAUUCAGUGGAAUAACAUGGUGUCACAGAAUGGUUUUCUCCAUGUUCCUGGGAUUUCGGCAACUCCAGACAUAGAGGACAAGGAUGUUUCUGAAGGCAGUUCAUCUGAGUUACGGCUACCGAGUAGUGAGCAUUCAACUGCUGGUUGUCAUAUAACUCCAGAUGCUGAAUACACCAUAAACUGCCAACAACUACCAGACCUGACUUUAGAUGCACCGGACUUGACUUUCAACACACAGCUAUCUAGGAGCGAUGCUUUGCCUGAGCAUAGCAAUGACAAAGUUGUGAAUGCUCAGACAACUGACUAUUUACAGGAGCCCUCCUACCAAGAGCUGGUUACAAAACAAGAGGAAACAGCAACCUCUUCACUAUGGGAUCCACAACAGAAGAAAAAUAGUGAAGCGCUGAAUGCUGAUUCCACACUGUCUGUACCAGCAACGGCUGUGAACGUUACCACAACCACUAUUGAAAGUGACAGCACAGAUGGCCAAACCAGGUCUACUUGGAAUGCGGCCGACAAGAACCCCCUAACUUACUUUGGAGAGUGCCUUGUUUGUGUAUUCCUAUUUGUAUACCUUGGGCUGGGCAUUCCAUCUGGGCUGCCACUUGAAAAUAAGUGUUGGGUUGUGCCAUGGCCAAUCCUAUAA